CCUAACCAUGUAUUGUGUUGCUGUUCCAGGCUUCAUCAGCAGUUUCUUGAUGUUUGGAAAGUUCUGAGACCCACCCUGUCGGGCUACUUGUAACCAGUACCUAAGACUACAAAAACGUACGUGUGAAAGAACCUGUCCUUGAAGGAAGUGUCCAUCACAAUACUGUGGAAACUCUGUGCAGGCCUUGCACGGCAGGAGAGCAGUUUGUGCUUCCGUUGACGCUCGUGCGUGAUCUCUGCUUCUUAUGCACUCCAGCACCCCUAUCAGUUCCUUGUUCUCCUUCACCAGCCCCGCAGUGAAAAGGCUGCUGGGCUGGAAACAAGGAGAUGAAGAAGAAAAGUGGGCAGAAAAAGCUGUUGAUUCCUUGGUGAAGAAGUUAAAGAAGAAAAAAGGAGCCAUGGAAGAACUAGAGAGGGCUCUGAGCUGCCCGGGUCAGCCCAGUAAAUGUGUCACGAUCCCACGUUCCUUGGACGGGCGGCUGCAGGUGUCUCACCGCAAGGGGCUUCCCCACGUCAUAUAUUGCAGAGUGUGGCGCUGGCCUGAUUUACAAUCUCACCAUGAGUUGAAACCACUGGAAUGUUGUGAGUUCCCUUUUGGCUCGAAACAGAAAGAAGUGUGCAUCAACCCCUACCAUUACCGGCGGGUGGAAACCCCAGUCUUACCUCCUGUACUCGUUCCAAGACACAGUGAGUUUAACCCUCACCUCAGCCUCCUUGCCAAGUUUCGAAACACUUCUCUGCACAGCGAGCCACUGAUGCCGCACAACGCCACUUAUCCAGAUUCCUUCCAGCAUCCUCCAUGCACCCCUUUUCCAUCAUCCCCCAGCCACAUGUUCUCCCAGUCGCCUAACAGCAUCAGCUACCCCAACUCACCAGAAAGCUCUUCAGGACCAGGAAGUCCCUAUCAGCUCACAGUGGAAACUCCACCUCCGCCCUACCAUGCAAGAGAACCUCCAGGAAUCCACAGUGGACGGUCAAUGGAUGCAAUAGCUGAAAGUCAGCUCGUGCUGUCUUUGCCCAAUGGAGGUAAAUCUGCCGAUGGAGAAGCUGAAAACUUUCGGCCUGUUUGUUAUGAAGAACCCCAACACUGGUGCUCAGUUGCCUACUAUGAACUCAACAAUCGGGUAGGGGAGACAUUCCAGGCCUCCUCUCGAAGUAUCCUUAUAGAUGGAUUUACAGAUCCUUCAAAUAACAAAAACAGGUUCUGCCUGGGUCUGCUCUCAAACGUAAACCGCAAUUCUACUAUAGAAAACACAAGGAGACACAUAGGAAAAGGUGUUCAUCUUUACUAUGUUGGUGGGGAGGUCUAUGCCGAAUGCGUCAGCGACAGCAGUAUUUUUGUGCAAAGCCGCAACUGUAACUACCAGCAUGGUUUCCACCCAGCCACGGUCUGCAAGAUCCCCAGUGGCUGCAGCCUCAAGAUCUUCAACAACCAGCUCUUUGCCCAGUUGCUUGCCCAGUCAGUCAAUCACGGUUUCGAAGUGGUGUAUGAGCUGACCAAGAUGUGUACUAUUCGAAUGAGCUUUGUUAAAGUAAGGAUCCUUUGCUUUCUCUUGCAUCCUUGCUAGCUUUGGUGUAAAACUAGAUCCCAUCAAAUCCAUUCCAAGGGAAGCUGUAGAUACCCAACUUUCGAACAGCUAUUCAUACUGCCUGUUUUCCAGUAUUGCCUUAAACUUACAGGUGCUCAAAAUCAAUGGCUUUUGUGGUCAACAUGAAAAUCUCUUAAGUUACAAAUUUUAGAUAUUCCAUAGGCUCUUUAUGGAAAAUAGAGAAUGCAUGGUAGUGUUCCGCCACUGAUUGUUCAAAAAGCUCAACUCAGAAGAGCUUGGCAACAUGUAAAUGUAGUAGCACAUAUCUUAGGCAGUUGUGAUCUCUCCUGUUACUGGUUUGCAAUUGAGCUUGAUAGAGCCAUUGAUCUGAAAAGAAUGUCCUUAUGUAUUUAGGCUAAUUUACAGUCUCACCAGUACCAUAGACUGGUAUACAUUUUCUCAAUCAAGAAACACUGGGUCCUUUUUCAUCCCUGACUGAGUUUGCAGAGAAUUGUUGUUUGCCAUCUGCCUGAUCCCUGACAAAUAUUGUCUUACUUUCUGAUGACAUUCACUCUGGCCAGCCACACAACCAGAAGAGCUUCUUGCAAGCAGAACAGAAAACCCAAAAGAAAAUGUGACCUUCCCCCUGUUAUUUGGAAGAGACAGGAGGCCACCAAAGCCAUUACUGUUCUAAUGUCCUUCCUAUCUGAAUUUCACAGUCUGACUGCUCUGUGGGCAAUCUAUCAGUCCUUGUGGGACUUUCUCAAAUUUCUGAAUGGUCUUCCCACCAGAAUGAGACCUCUCAACUCCUUUUAGUAUUUAGGAUUUAUUUACAUGCCUGUUGUAACAUGUGGUAAUUUAACCCCUAAAGAAUGGCAAGUGUUUCAGGAUAGUUUCCAGAUGAUGCUAGACCAGUGCUGCUGGGGAGAGCUGGCAGCAAUGUUCAGCCGGCAGACUAGAGCAGUUGCACCAUUAGAAGCCCGUGGUCCUGGUAGGUACCAUAAAAAUGGCUUGAGUGUCUCUUUGCCUUUAUCUUGCAGAUUUGUUUCUAUACAAAUGACUGAACUGAGAUGAUUGAAUUCACAUCUAAGAUACCAAAAAGUGCUUGAGGCUCAAGUCCCGUUUCCUUAAGUUCUACAGAGCAAAUGAAUUGAGUCCUACAUAUCUUUCUGGUCUAACUUUUUCUAGCCAUCCUUGGGGACCCAUCUUCUGAAGUCUUCAAGAGCAUUAAGAGUUCCCUGUAAUCUCUCCCAAGAGUCCAAGCCAAAAUCUCCAUGCCCAUGACCAUGCUGUUGCUUUGUUCUUGAGAGGGAACUGAUAUCUUGUUCACAUACAAGCAUUAGGGCAAAAAAAGGAAGGCAAGAAAAGCAACAAACAGCAUUUUCUUUAAUGGAAGGCAUGAAUGGGCAUGCUGUUUGUAAAGGCAGUGUAGCCAGUUACGCAAUGUUUUCAUUAUCUCGGUGAUUCAGGGGCAGGCUCUUUGAUGUGUUAUCUGCCUCCAUGCCCCACUCGGCAGCAGAAAUGGUGGUGUUGAUGCACUAUAUAAUGCUGCUGCCAUAUUAUCACCUUGCUUUGUUGAAAUAAUAGCAGCUAUUAUUGUGCCUCAGGCACCAGAAGACCAGUGCAAGGAGAGAUUUUGAACUCAUUCCCAUGACGUCUGGAAAACUGCUAUGCAAAUCUCAUCUAGGCUCUUUCUUCCUGGUCUGCAAAUAUGCUUCCUUGUUUUCAGUCUUCCCAAAAUAUUUCCCUCCCAAGAAGUGAGCCCUCAUCUGCUCAGUCUGGGGUCAGGAGUGACUCUGGGUGUUGGGGAUGCAGUGCCCAGAGGGGCCUGUUGUCUGUCAGAGCCACAGCCCAAGAGUGUGCAGGGCAGUGCAGUGGCUUCUCCACUGACUUGUGUCCAGUUACUGCUGGUCACCUACAGCCCAAAGGGCUGGAUCCCACCAGUGCCUGAGCUACCAGCUGGGAGGCAGGGAUGGGUAGGGACCAAGACAUGAGAAACUUGCCAGGACUGUGCCAUCUUCUGGAUGCAGGGCAUGGGACAAAGAGAGGUGAAGGUCUUGUCCCCUCUGAUGCCCUUUGUGUGCCCAUAGAGCAGCUGAGAUGAGCUCAAAAUGUGGGUGUACUAUCAGCACUAAGCCCUGCUGAUAACCAAAGCGGGAUGGCUCUUACCGCCUCUCCACAGCUGAGGUAGCUGGAGCACAAAGGAAGAGACCUCCAAGCUGAGGUCUGAAGCCGGAACAAUCCCUUCCUCAUUUCCUUGGGUCUUGGGGCUAAGUGGAACACACAGCAGACAUGAGAGCUCAGCACUCUGGGGCACGAAGCCUAGGCUGUUGCUCACAGGAGGUGGGAAGUGUUGGCAGGAGCAGCAGGACCCAUGGGGGUACUGGUAUCCUUUUCACACCAUCUUUGGAAAAUACCAUUGCAGCUUUGAAAGUUGUACUCAAUUUAUUCCCUCGUUAAGAGAACUCCAGCUCUGGGCUCCUCUCAGUCCUGGGGUGAAGAAGGCUACCUGCAACCCAAGAGUGAUACACAGGGAACAUCAGGGUCCUUGACCUCCUGGCAUCUCCCCUGGGGUGCUCCAGCCAGAGACAGCAUCACUGGGUGUGUUUGGGAGUUGCCAGCAGAGGGAGAUGGCCAGCCGCCUGCCAGGCUCCCCCAAAUCUGGCACAUUGGAUUUGAAUCCUGUAAUUGCUGUUCCUCUGGAUUUUCUGUCCUGCCUGUCUGCAAGGCGUGCCAGCUUCUCUGGCACUUGCUCUCUUGGCUGUGUAUCUUCACUGCAGUUGAGUACUUGUGAUUUCAUCACCUCAGAAGUCUGACUGUGCUGGCAAACACAUGUUUUCUGCAAACAUUUAGAGAACAUCUGUCUGAGGUUCUGUGAACGCAGGCUUUUUCUAGUCUGAUAAAUGCUCUGCAGUUCAGAAAAAUGCUACCUGUUUGGAAGUACUCUUUGGGCUUUGGUGGGUCCAUAUCUUACUCUUCUGCUUUCUUUCCUCUUCUCUUCAUUAGUUACCAUGGGCUUUAUCCAGACUGCUUAUGGCGACAUCUUGUUUUACUAUUGAUCUCAGUUUUCCAGCUAUCAUCUAAAGAAGUGGCUGCUCUGGCAGCCUCAGUUGUCUGAGCUGCUCAGCACUCUAAAAUUUUGGUGAAUUUGGCAGCCAUCAGUCUUAAUAUACCUCCAUGUCCUUUUUUCAUGACAUACCGACCUGCCUGCCUGUCAUAAUGACAGGUAUGACUCAGUGUCUGAUCAGCAUCCCACAAAUGAAGAUUUUCAUCCUGUAGUGGGACCAUGUUUUGCACAUUGCCCUGUGGAAAUCUGAGUUCAGUUCUGCCAGUGAGACAGCUGGUGAGCUGCAAGACUUUGGCCUGUGACUUGCAUGCCUUGUGCUGCUGUGACGUCAGGCUGCCUGCUUAGCACUGCUUAGACACUGUGUCUGCUUGAAUCAUAGAAUGUGUGGAGUUGGAAGGGAUUCAUCAGGAUCAUCAAGUCCUGCUCCUGGCCCUGCACAACACCAUCCCCAAGAGUCACACACACAAGCAUUGUCUGAGUGCUUCUUGAACUGUCAGGUGCUAUGACCACUUUCCUGGGAUGCCUGUUCCAGUACCCAAUGGCCCUCUAGGAGAAUAGCCUUUUCCAAACUUAAGCCUUCUCCUUGAAGCAUGUGUACUUCAGGUUUUCUUUUCUCCCUGCCAGCACCCCAUUCCCAUUUUCUCUCAAAUGUUUCAUAUCCCUUAUCUUCCCCAAGAGAGCUGGAGAAAUUACUGCAGGACUUCCCACAGCGGACAGCCAGGAGCUCUUGUUGGGAAAGAGCACAUGUUCAAGGGUAGAAAACCUGUGAAAAUAUUUAUACAUAGGCUAAGUAUGGUACAUAGGAACUGCUGCAAGUUUCCAGAGAUUUAGAUAAAUGCUUAGAAAUUCUAAGGUCUUACAGGAUGAAACUCUACCAAUUCAUGAAGCAGUGCCCAGGAACAUUCCUAAUUCCUGUUAAUGAAAGAGGCUGGCUUUUUGUUGGUGCCAGACAGCAGACGGCCAGACUUUCCUGGGCAUGUCCCUGGGGUGCAAACAACAGGGACCAUUCCCCAUGGGCUGUUUGCAGGCAGCCACACUUGGAAACAGGCCCUUCCAUGCCAGUUGUUCUCAGCACCUGGAAGUGUGACUGAGAUUUUUAAUUUAAUAGCAUUGAGUCCCUGGUAAUUAUGAUGAUAAUAGUGACCUUAAAAAGGAGCAAAGUUUCUAGAGAAAAUUAUCCCUAGGAUAAAGCAUUAAAUCUCGGGUACUUGGGUGGUGGACUAUCUGUAGCUGUAUUAGACUAUGAGCACUGGAGUUGUGAUUUAAUGUUUUGAGUGUUUUUUUUAUAAAAAACCACCUCACUUUUUGGUCCUUUAUAGGGCUGGGGAGCAGAGUAUCAUCGCCAAGAUGUUACAAGCACGCCCUGCUGGAUUGAGAUCCACCUGCAUGGACCAUUGCAAUGGCUGGAUAAG